AAUUUUCAAUGAUCUCGAGUCUCGCUAUGCUCUCCAAACACAUAACAUCUUCCACGGCUCUUCUUUCUGGCUCCAACUAGAUUUCGAUCGUCACUCUAACGCCAAUUGUGGUGAUCUUCGUCUGUGUUGCAGUUCUCACAGAGGAUUUUCCAUCUGACACCAUGCAAGCCUCUCUCUACAAAUACUCUGUCAUUAGCUUGGCUUCAACCUUAUUUGGACUGUUAGUGAUUGCAUCAAUAAUGACAACUGCACAAAGCGGUCCUACUCGCUGCGGACCUUGUUUGCAGGGCACAUGUGUCAGCAACCCCGACGACUGCCGCUAUGGACACUUUCACGAUUCGUGCGGUCGCAUCGUCUGUUCAAAGGCACCUUCUGCUUCUAAUAUGGCAAGCCUUGAGAGACUUAUGCGAAGGAUAUCUCGCACUGCUCGUUCCCUUAAAGGUCCCGAUGAAAAGUGCGGCGGCCUUUACGACUACUUUGGACGUUGCGGUCACGGCCUGGUGUGCAGGUGCAAUCAGUGCGUUGGCUGCUCCGAAGACACCAUGGAGUGCUCGACCAUUAACAACCCAAAUUGCUGAUUGGCCGUGGACGCCGCUAGCACGUUCCGAUCUCACAAAUGAGCCUCCAGCCAACAGUAUUAUCCAUCUCUCGCCCUCUCUCUCAAAGUCCCUGUCGCCAGUCAACUUGUUUGCAUUUCUGUUCAAGCAUUAUUUGUCCACUGUUAUUUAAGUAAUCUUUUUUACCAGCUAAAAGCUGCCAUUUAUUUAGGCCGCGAAAAGUUUUGCGCAUUGUCCGGCAAUAUUUGAGGCAAGUUGAAUUGUUUCAACCCACUCUUGAAUAAUUAAACUCUGUCUACUUAUCCGAAGUUACGCAAAAAUACCGCGCAGCCGAUUCAUUUUCUUUUACAGGCAAUUGCCUUUAAGAGCAAAAUAUUCAUUUUCUAUAUUUUCUAUUUUCAUGAUUUCCAUCAUUAAGGGAAACCAAUUUCAAAGCUCUGCGUUGGAUCUUUUGUAAUGUUAUUUAUCUUUCUGUGAUGCUGAUAUUUUUUGUCCCCUUCAUAUGUGAGAUGGACCGUAAUAAAGACAAACCGAAAA